AUGGGAUUGAAUGUUUUAUUAUGCCACACUGUUAUUUCAGCUGUUGCCAACAAUUUGCUCCUGGUUGGAGAUCAUUUCGUUGUAAAGAAAUUCAAUUCUAUCUUUAGAUUCACAUUACACGCACUUAUCGCAUCAUUCCUCUUCUACCACGAACUUCCAAAACUAGGAGACACAUAUUUUUCUUACCUUGGGUUACCUAUCACUGCGACACAUAGCGAUGUGUUGAAAUCUUACGACAGAAUUCAGGAAUUCUUGAAGGUAAGCUGGAAGAUUAAUAAUUUAAUACAGACUGGAUCACCGGAUGUAGUCGCGAAGCUUAAGAAAGCAUACCAGACUCUGUCAAAUCAAGAAUCCAGAAUGUUAUAUUCUGCAUAUGGAGAUGUUGAUAUAGAUGCAAAGAACCCGCAAGAUUUUACAAUUAUUGUACUUACCGUUUCGCUUUCAUAUUACUGUGUUUCUGCUAUACUCUGUUGCGCUUUAAACAGGUCUAAUAGACUUAAGUUUGCAAAAUAUAUUACAGUUCUAUAUAACGCAGUUGGGUUUUUUCUCGAAGUUGAAUUGAGGUUUUUAUAUGCCUGCUUUAUGAAAAACAUCUUUUACUUGAAUAAACUUUUACCAUAUCAACACGUUGAGUUUUUGAGAGCAAUACCACCUUUCGUGAUGAUGGUCGCUUCACUUUUGACUCACUCCUUCGUUACUGAUAUGGAUAAAUUAAACAUGUUACUUUGGCAAUCAGCUGUCGCCACCAAUGGCAUUAUACUUGAAAAAAUGGCAAACGUGGUUAAUGCUACAGAUUAUCUUAAAAGUCUGGGCAGGGAUAAUCUCAGCCUUCCUGAAGAUUUAUUCAAGUUUGAAGCCAGAGGCAGUGGUUUCGGGGAAUUCUUAGACUCUCUAGAUGAAUCUCAGAAGAAGAAGCUAGUUGACUUGUUGAAUAAUGGAGUAAGUCUUUUGCUCAUUAAUUCUUUUCAGAACGGCAAAGCCAAAACACCCAAAUCAAGAAUCAUUGAAUUCCUGAAACCAGCCUUAAUAUACAUUGUGAUGUUCCUUGUAAUUCGCGUUUUUUUAAAAUAA